GGAGCAGGGGAGGGGCCUCUGUGCGCAGGCGCCGCCGGGGACUUCCCUUGCCCUUCUAGGCUCCGCCCCUUCGGCGCCAGUUCCCGGCCGGGCUUGGGGCAGUUUGCAAAGCUGUUGCGCGUGUGCGGGCUCCGAGGGGGGGCGCGCGUGCGUGAGAGAGAGAGAGAGGGAGCGGUGCCCGCGGAGAAGAUGUGCAAAGCGCAGUAGCUGUCCGCAUCCAGCCUGGGCAGAGAAGCCUCAGACCGCGGCCUCCCCCUCUGGGCUCCCUCUCCCUCCCCCAGCCCUGCAGGCACAGGACCCAAGCCCGGAACCAGACCGAUGGCCCUUGGCAGCCAGAGCCCCUUGCGCCAGGAGGUGGUGACCUUCAAGGAUGUGAUGGUGGACUUCACUGAGGAGGAGUGGGGGCUCUUGGAUCCUUCUCAGAAGGAGCUGUACAAGGAGGUCAUGCUGGAGAAUGUCCAGAAUCUGCUGUCCCUGGAUGUGGAACCCAAGUUUGAAAGGAAUGAGAUGACUAGAAAGGUGGGACUUUUGGUACAAGAAUGUAUCCUGCAAAGAUUCAUGAAGGAUGGUCCCUGUGCUUUGACUUUGAGGGAAAUCCAUGCCACUAAAAUCCAAAUAGAUAAUCCAAAGACUGACUGUGAAUUGGAUGAAAGUCGAAAAAGAUUUAGUCAAUUUUGUUUCCUAAAUCAGUGUAAGAAGAUGAAUUCAGGUAAAAACUGGCUUCUGGAUAGUGGAUAUCAGAAAUGUUUUCCUGAACAGGAAGAGCUUUCUCAUUCCCAGGAGAAGCCUGCUGAACUUCUAAUGAAUCCACAUGAUAAAUGGGAAAAGGCCUUCAGCAAGAGGUCAGACCUCACUAGACAGCAGAAAAAUGCUAAUGGAAAAAUAGUUUGUGUGGGUAGUCAAGAUGGAAAGGCCUUGAGUCAGACCUCUAAGCUCAUUACUCAGCAGGUAAUUCAGAUAAGAAAGCAACCUGAUGAAUAUAGUGAAUGUCAAGCAAUGUCAUCCCAUCAUUCAUUUCUUCCUUCCCAAUAUUCAGUUGAUCCUGGAAUGAAAAAAACUUUAUUUGGUGAGUGUGGGAAGGUCCAUAGUUGGAACUCAGAUAUUGAUAGAUCUCAGAAGAUUAAUCCUGGAGAAUUUUAUAAAUAUAAGGAAGGUGGGAAGAUCUUCAAACAGGGAUUCUUUCUAGCUAUACCUGAAGGAUUCCACCCUGGAGAGAAUCCUUUUGCAAGUAAUUAUUGUGGAAAGAUUUUUGCAUCUAGUUGCACUCUUAGUAAGCAUCAUAAAAUCCAGACUGGAGAAAAACCUUUUAAUUGUAAUCAAUGUGGAAAGGUUUUCACACAGAGUGUCAGUCUUGCUGAACAUCAGAGGAUCCGUACAGGAGAAAAUUUUUAUGAAUGUAAUCAAUGUAGAAAGGUUUUUAUAAAGAGAUCUAGUUUUGUUGUACAUCAGAGAAUCCACACAAGAGAAAAGGCUCAUAAAUGUAAUCAUUGUGGAAAGGCUUUCACAUGGAAGGGAGAUCUUAACAGACAUCAGAAAAUCCACACUGGAGAGAAACCUUUUAAAUGUAAUCAAUGUGGAAAGGCAUUCACAAGAAAUUACAUGCUUGUAGAACAUCAGAGAAUCCACACUGGAGAGAAACCUUAUAAAUGUAAUCAAUGUGGAAAGGCUUUCAUAAGGAGUGCACAUCUUGCUGUACAUCAGAGAAUCCACACUGGAGAAAAACCUUUUAAAUGUAAUAAAUGUGGAAUGGCUUUCAUAAGAAAUUACAUGUUUGUAGAACAUCAGAGAAUCCACACAGGGGAAAAGCCUUAUAAAUGUAAUUGUUGUGGAAAGGCUUUCAGAAAGAGAGCCAGUCUCGUUUUACAUCAGAGAAUCCACACAGGAGAAAAACCUUUUAAAUGUAAUCAGUGUGGAAAAGCUUUCACAUACACUACCAGUCGUGCUUUACACCAAAGAAUCCAUACUGGAGAGAAACCUUUUAAAUGUAAUCAAUGUGGAAUUGCUUUUAGAAAGAAUUUCAAGCUUGUCGAACAUCAGAGAAUCCACACAGGAGAAAAGCCUUAUAAAUGUAAUCAAUGUGGAGAGGCUUUCAGAAAGAGAGACGGUCUUGCUUUACACCAGGAAAUCCAUACUGGAGAAAAACCUUAUCAAUGUAUUCAAUGUGGAAAGGCUUUCACAUGCAAGGGAGAUCUUAGCAGACAUCAGAAAAUCCACACUGGAGAGAAACCUUUUAAAUGUAAUCAGUGUGGAAAGGCUUUCAUACGUAAUUGCAGGCUUAUAGAACAUCAGAGAAUCCACACAGGAGAAAAGCCUUAUAAAUGUAAUCAAUGUGGAAAGGCUUUCAGAAAGAGAGACAAUCUUAUUUCACACCAGGGAAUCCACACAGGAGAAAAGCCUUAUAAAUGUAAUCAGUGUGGAAAGGCAUUCAGAUAUAACUUCUAUCUUACAAAACAUUACAAAAUUCACAUGGGAGAGAAAAUUUAUGAAUGUAAUCAAUUUGGAGAACCUUUCAGAAGAAAUUAUGUGCUUACAGAACAUCACAGAUUCCAUACAAAAGAAAAGCUUUAUAAAUGUGUUCAGUGUGGAAAAGUUUUCACAUGCAAAGGAGCUCUUAGGAAACAUCAGAAAAUCCACAGUGGAGAGAAACCUUUUAAAUGUAAUCAGUGUGGAAAGGCUUUCAUAUAUAAUUACAAUCUUACACAACAUCAGAGAAUCCAUACAGGAGAAAAGCCAUAUAAAUGCAAUCAAUGUGGAAAGGCUUUCAUAACCAGUGGAAAUCUUGCUGUACAUCAGACAAUCCAUACGGGAGAAAAGCCUUAUAAGUGUAAUCAAUGUGGAAAGGCUUUCAGAAAGAGAGAGAGUCUUAUUUUACACCAGGGAAUCCACACAGGAGAAAAACCUUAUAAAUGUAAUCAAUGUGGAAAGGCUUUCACGGGCAAGGGAGUUCUCAACAGACAUCAGAAUAUCCACACUGGAGAGAAACCUUUUAAAUGUAAUCACUGUGGAAAGGCUUUUACACGCAGUACCUAUCUUGUAAAACACCAGAGAACUCACACUGGAAAGAAACCUUUUGAAAGUAUUCAUUGUGGAAAGGCUUUUGCAUAGAAUCACAAUCUUGUUGAACAUCAAAGAACUCAUGCUGGAGAGAAACGUUUUGGAUGAAGUCAGUGAGGAAAGGAUUUCACAAAAUGGUUCUUUGCAGCUGCAUAUCAGAAUCCAUCCUGGAGAGUAAACUUAUAAAUGGAAGUCAUGUGGAAAGGCAUUCAGCUACAAAUCCAAGAUUGAUAAAUAUCAGAGAAUCCUCAUGAAGGAGAAGCAUUAUGAUAAUAAUAAAUGUGAAAUGAUUUCACAAAGAGUUCCCACCUGGCUGUAUAUGAGACAAUCCACAGUGGAGAGAAAACUUAUGAUUGUACUCAAUGAGGAAAACCUUUCACACAAAGAGUCCUGCUCAACAUCACAGUAGCGAUACUGGAGAGAUGUUUUCAAUGUGUUCCAUGUGGAACCAUUUCACUCUCAUCUCCAAUCUAGCUAAAUAUUAGACACAAUAGGACAGGAAAUACUUAGCUCCCUAAGAAUCUCCCCUAAAAUAAAAAAUAAAUGCCUCAUCAUAACUUUUGUACAGCAAAAGUGAUCAAAACUCCAGAAGUUGUCCAGCCCUUAACAGGAUCUUAGGAAGGACCUCAUCUCCUCCUGACCCAAAUGAAGGACUAGGCACUAUAGGUAGCCUCUGCUACAAUAGCCAAGAGCAAGCCCGAGGGGAAGCUAGAUUAGGCUGAGGUUUCAUCCUCCAAAGUUUUCACUCUAGCACAGUCAACUGUAGGGUCAGGUAAUUGAAGUAGAAGAGAAAAGGGUCCUGUUCUAGAAAAAAUUUCUCAGAAGAAGAUCUCAUAUCUCAAAUACUCAAAGAGACAGGAACAGGUAGUUUCUGAUGACAAAAUUAAAACUGUUUAUAGCCAUAUGAGAAAAUAUUCUAAUAUAUUAUUGAUAAGGGAUAAUGAUGAAAGAUUUGUAAACCUGUGUAUACUCUUUCACUCCAAAAUCCACUAUAAGGUCUGUUUGCCAAGAUAAUUAGGAAAAAAAGAAGCAAAUUUAUAUGUUUUAAAAGAUUGUUAGCUGUCUUUUGGGUGAGAAAGAACUAGAGACUGUGGAAAUGCCAUCCAUUCAUGAAUGGCUAAAGAGGAAUGGAAAACGACCUAAAAUCUGUGGUUAAUAGUUUCAGCAGUGGUUGAUGAUGGUGUGUUGAGAACUUUAUGAAACAGUUCAGCCUAUCUCUUCCGUUAUCAUAUCCUUAUCAUGAAUCAAUGUAGUUCCAUCAGCAUUGGGCUAAAUAUUUCCUAUCUUAUAGUGUCUAAUAUUUAGCUAGAUUGGAGAUGAGAGUGAAAUGGUUCCACAUGGAACACAUUGAAAACACAUCUCUCCAGUGUAACUACUACAUUAGCUCUUUGGUACAUAAAUAGUCUUCAGGGCAUCAUAAAAAACUUUGGAUUGUUACACUCGAUGUAAAAAUGAAAUUUAUCUAUCUUUAUAUACUGGGCCAAAAAUCCAACAUGUCUGUCAGUUUUGCUUAUACUUUUGGGAGAGUUAAACACUUCCUUCCUAGAGAUGGAUGAUCUAAAUUACUUGUAAUCUUGUAGAGUUCUCAUUUUUCAGUUAAUACCUUAUGAAUGUCCCCAUUGUUUUCAUCAAACCAAUUUGGAUGUUUACUUUUUUCCCUGGUGAAUAAAUAUGAAACUAUCCAACAAAUCUCUGAAAGCUGUGUACUCCUUAUCUGCUCUACAAUUUUCAAUUGUAUUUUGGCUCAGUUUGCCUUCUAAAAUAGCAAAAACAAGACUAAUCUACUGGCACCUGGUAGUCAUCUUGGCCUUGGUCCCCUGUCUUUGCUGAAUGUUUAUAUUUCAUUGGGGGAGUAUAUGUAUCUGCUUGGUCCAAUACUUUGACACGCACAUCUCACAUAUUAUCUAUCUCCUUUUAUUAUUAUCAUUAUUUACUUAUUUAUUUAGU